GCUUAGCACGGUUAAGCCUUCUACGGGUGCGGCGCAGGUGUAGGUGACAAUAGCCGAAGUUAAAUUGACGGAUGCAAUGCGGAGGCACGUCGGGCAUGCGAGGGGUCGCGACCCGGGCCGGAGAUUAAGGACCCCGGCGACGCCAUCGUCCGCAUCACCAAAAACCACCAUCUGCGGCACCGACUUGCAUAUCCUAAAAGGGCGAUGUGCCGCAUCCUGGGCUAUGAGGGCGUGAGCGUGAUCGAUGCGGUGGGCCCGACGUCACCGUGUUCAAGUCGGGCGACCGCAGUGCUGAUCUCAUGCAUCACCGCCUGCAGCACCUACGACUAUUGCCGCCGGGGUAUAUAUUCCUACUGCCGCACCGGCGGCUGGAUACUGGGCAACGUCAUCGAUGGAGGCGGAAUAUGUCCGCAUCCCCCACGCCGCCACCAGCCUAUACCCCAUCUCCGAGGGCGCGGAUGAGGAGGCGUUGGCGAUGUUGAGCGACAUCCUGCCCACCGACCUCGAAUGUGGGGUGUUGAACGGCAAGGUGGCGCACGGCUCGACCGU